AUGGCGCUGCUUGGUCCGCAGCCAAAUAUUGAUCGUAUGGAACAAUGCUUCCAUGAUGGCUUGCAGGAGUUGGUGAAGUUUCGAAACGUGCCUCCGCUGGCAGAAGGCAGUCUUCUUCUCAACGCCAUAAGAGAGCUGGGCACUCAACUCAACGCCCGAAUUACGGACCUCACCACCCAAUUCAACACUCGAUUUGACCAGAUGGACCGAAGAUUUGAGGAGAUGGACCGCAAAUUUGAGGAGAUGGACCGCAAAUUUGAUCACCUUUCUGAGCGAAUUCUGGCCAAUGACUUCAACAAUGUCGCCCGAGUUCAAAACUCAUUCCUCAGUCGCCCCACUGAUCGACUCUCACCACUAGUCAAUCCCAAGACUAAUGAGCCUAUCGAUGACUUUCCGGCGAAAGGUCAAGACAUUACCAGUCUAAGCGACGAGCAUCUCCACUCUGUCCUGGCGGCGCUGGGUUUACCUUCAAAUGGGCAAAGAACGGCCAAGGAAAGGAGACUGAGACAGUAUAUCGGCCUUCGGAUUAGCCCGUUAGGUGCCUAG